AUGGCGAAAGGAAUGCCGAAAAAAGAGGCCGAGAACGACUCUCCCGAGCUGUUGGCUGAGGUGAAGGCGUUUGCGUCGCAGCUCGGUCUCAGUGGCGCAGGCGGAGGGGCGUUUGAAUAUGACGACUUCGCACCGGCCAAAGCAAAGCAGCGGGCGGCGGCGGCCGACGGCGGCAACCGCGACGCCCAGCAACCCAAGGGUAGCAAGGGUAAACAGCAGCGGCGCGACGAGAAUGGUCGCCCGAGCGAUGGCGCGCCACACGGCAAGGGCCAGAAGCAGCAGCAGCAGCACGAUCCGCGGCCGCGCGGCGGCAAGACCGCCGCCGGCCCCGGGGCCGCGGCGGCCGCGGCGGCGGCCGCGGCCGAGGCGCAGCGCAUUCACGAUGAGGCGGUGCAGGGCCGCACCUGGGUUGACUCCGUCGGCCCGCGGCCGGGCGAGUCAAAGGGCAGAUCGCUCAUGAGCCACGACGAGCCCACCAUCUGGUUCGAGGCGGCCGCCCUGCUGCCGAAGCUCGACCCCGCCGGCCGCCCGCCGCUCGGCGAGGAAGCCGCCGAGAAGCUGCGCGCGGCCGGAGAGCAGCUGAUCGAGCGCGAGGCGGCGGCGUUCGAGCGGGAUUUGGAGAAGCGGAACGCGGCGGACCACCGGUGGCUGGGGCAGGUGCGGCGUGGCGGGACGACGGCGGACAAGGUGGCAGCGAUGACGCUCCUGGUGCAGGAGUCUGCGGCGGCCAACCUGAAAUCCCUGGACGGGCUGCUGUCCCUCAUGGCGAAGCGCAAGGGCGGCAAGGGCGUGGUGGCAAAGGCGCUGGAGGCGCUGCAGGAGCUCUUCCUGACCUGCCUGCUGCCAGACAGGCGCCUGCGGGUGCUGGAGCAGCAGCCGCUGCAGGCGCUGCCGCCGGGCCGCGCGGGCGAGAAGCACCUGCUGCUGUGGUGCGUGGAGGACGCUAUGAAGUCGCGCUACAGCCAGUUUGUGGGCCUGCUGGAGGGCACCAGCACAGACCCCCUCGACUACCUCAAGGCACCGCGCCGCGCCCGCGCCCGCGCCAACGCCCCCGUGCGCGGUCCCCCCGCGCAGGAGCGCGCCACCAAGGCGCUGUCUUCGCUGCUGAGCGCGAAGCCCGAGGGCGAGGCGCGGCUGCUGGCGGCGCUGGUGAACAAGCUGGGGGACCCCUCGCGCAAGGUGGCGUCGAACGCGGGGUUCCUGCUGGGGCGGCUGCUGGAGCAGCACCCGGCCAUGAAGCCCGUGGUCGUGAGGGAGUGCGCCCUCACCAACUGA